AUGAACUCCUCCCUGUUGGAGGGCAAUGGCUCCAACAGCAGCUUGGGUGAUGAUGGCAUCCCUGGUGGCGGUGCCCCCUUCUGCCUGCUGGACGUGGGCUACUCUGCCCUCUUCCACACCUGCCUGCUGGAGGUGACUGUUAUCCUGUUGCUGACCGCUCUCAUCGUCUGCGGCAACCUGGUGGUGCUGCUGGUCUUCCACUGCGGGCCGCUGCUCGAGCAGCCCGGCACGAGCUCUUUCAUCCGCACCAUGGCGUACGCCGACCUCUUGGUGGGGGUCAGCUGCCUGAUCCCAGCCCUCUCGCUGCUACGUCACCUGGGCGGCCUCGACCCAGCGCUCACCUGCAAGGCCUUCGGCUACAUGGUGUCGGUGCUGAAGGGCGUGUCCAUGGCGUCGCUGGCGUGCGUGAGCGUGGAGCGCUACGUGGCGGUGACGCGGCCGCUCUCCUACGCGGCGCUGGUGACGCCGUGCCGCCUGCGCGCCUGCAUCGUGCUCAUCUGGAUCUACUCGGCGCUCGUCUUCCUGCCCGCCUUCCUCGGCUGGGGCAAGCCGGGCUACCACGGCGACGUGGUGGAGUGGUGCGCGCACUGGGAGACGCGGCCGGCGUUCACGGCGUUCAUCAUGGCGGCGCUCUACGCGCCCGCCACCCUCACCGUCUGCUUCACCUACGCGCACAUCUUCCGCAUCUGCCGGCAGCACACGCGGCAGAUCAGCGAGCGGCGCGCCCGAUACGGCCCGCAAGAGCCCACGCCGCCCGCCACCGGUGGUGGCGGUCACACCCCUUGCUCCCUGGCGUCGUCCUCGGCAACCAGCGGCGGAAAUGGUGGCAGCCCGGACAAGCGCUACGCCACGGUGCUCUUCCGCAUCACCAGCGUCUUCUACCUGCUCUGGCUACCCUACAUCCUCUACUUCCUGCUGGAGAGCGCGGGCAUCUACCGCCAUGCGGGCGCCUCCUUCCUGACCACCUGGCUGGCCAUCAGUAACAGCUUCUGCAACUGUCUCAUCUACAGCCUGUCCAACAGCGCCUUCCGCAAGGGCCUCAAGCGCCUGUGCUCGCUCUGCGCCCAGAGCGUGGACACCAAGAAACCUCUGGGGCCUCCACCACCGCCGCACAUGCGCCAUUCCUGUGACGUCUGAAACGUUCGUCGUGACCCUCGAUCAACCCCCACCUCCACCGCCACUACCGCAACACCACCACCCCCACCCCCCAUCAGCACCUGAUGACCUCCUCCAUCUAUAUAUGUGUGUGUGUGUACGUCACGAUGAAGUGAGUGGUGGUGUUGGGAAUGUUUUCUUUUUCCAUUUAAUAUGGAAGAAGUGGGAUGGAGUGACAUGACCGAAUGGGUGUGCCAUACCAUCAGAUGAGGAGGAGAAGUAGCAGCAGGAUAUGGAUCUUGGCUGGAUGGGUCGUGGAGGAUCACCCAGGUGUGUGUGUCCUGCGUGCCCGCGCAUGGUUGCCUCACAGUGGGAGUGAAUGGCACGGAGCAGAAGGACUCAUCCCUGUCUUCUGGCACGCACCAGACCAGUGUCCUCCAGGAGCCUCUGCUGUCUCUUUCAGAGUUUCAGAUGGGAUCUGCUCCGUGGUGUGUUUUGUGUGGACACUCACACACACAAAGACACUUCUAAAAAAGCUUUUUUUUUCCUUGUAAAAAAAAAAACAAAACAAAAAAAACUCAACAACUUGUCUUAGUUAAACUGUGGUCUGUUUAACAAAAGAGACUUUUUCUGCCGACCAAUUGACUGACCAACCAUCUGCUGCAGGUUGAGUGUUUAUUUAGCAUUGUUACUGUGUUGUUCUAUGAUACUGAGCUGACCUGUGUGUUUUAUGGAAGUGUCUUUUGCCCUUGGGACAUUUAGGCAGCGUCCCCAUCAGAGACUCUCCUCUCCUCUCCUCGGAGCGCUCCUGUCCUCCUCAGCAGUUUAGCCUGACCUCCAUACUCCAUCUUGCCGACAGGUUUUCAGGGCACAGUGGGUUUUUUUCCCCUCCUCUACCACCUCCUCUGUCAUCUCUCCGCUGCGCUUAAAAAGCAGGUAGAGUGAGAGAAUAAGAGAACGAGAGAAAGAGAGUGAAUCAUAAAAAGAGAGACGGAC